UAAAAAACUACAUUUCCCCUGCCGCGCGAGUCGCGAGUCGCGCUCCUAUUGGCUGGCGCGUCCAGCCGCAGCCCCAGAGAAUGAAUGAAAUUGGAAUCGCUGGUAUAUCAGGGCGCUUCAUGUACAGCACCGGGGAUCUGCAGCCGCGCGCUGUGCCGCUCUGUAUCACAAUGGCCACAGCGGUCCAGAACCCCCUCAAAUCGCAAUCGAGUGGAACCGUCAUAAAGAACAGUCUGGGUGAGGAGUUCUAUCGGGAGGCAAUUGAGCACUGCCGGAGCUAUAACGCCCGUCUGUGUGCUGAGCGCUCCAUGCGCCUGCCUUUUCUGGACUCGCAGACAGGCGUGGCACAGAGUAACUGCUACAUAUGGAUGGAGAAGACCCACCGAGGCCCAGGCGUUGCUCCAGGUCAGCUGUACACCUACCCGGCUCGCUGCUGGCGUAAGAAAAAGCGAUUAAACAUCCUGGACGAUCCUCGUCUGGGGCCCAUCGAGUUCAAGAUAGACUACGAGGCUGCCCUGAAAAAAGAAGGGGGUGUUCCUGAGGGUCCUGUGUUGGAGGCUCUUCUCAGCGGAGAGCCGCUAGACAAGAAGGUGGAAACCAAGGAGGAAGAGGCCAUGAGCGAGUGUCAGAAGCUGCUGGUGGGAGACUUCCCCCAUGAACUGGAAGUAGAGGAGAUGGAGGAGGACGUUCCCAAGCGCAAGAACCGCACCAAAGGACGGGCCUGUGGCGUCGGUGGAAUGAGGAAGAGACAGGAGCCGGCCUCCUUAGAGGACAGAGACAAGCCAUACGUGUGUGACAUCUGCGGCAAGCGUUACAAGAAUCGGCCAGGCCUGAGUUACCACUACACCCACACGCACCUGGCGGAUGAAGAGGGCGAGGAAGACUCAGAGCGCCACACCCUUCCAUUCCAGCGCAAGAACAACCACAAACCCAAAAAAGCAGCAGACGGCUCAGUCAUUCCCAACGGUUACUGUGACUUCUGCUUGGGAGGCUCCAAGAAGACCGGCUGCCCAGAGGACCUCAUCUCCUGCGCAGACUGUGGCCGAUCAGGUCAUCCAUCCUGCCUGCAGUUCACAGUCAACAUGACGGCAGCAGUGAGAACCUACCGCUGGCAAUGCAUUGAAUGCAAGUCCUGCAGUCUGUGUGGCACCUCCGAGAAUGACGAUCAGCUUUUAUUCUGCGAUGACUGUGACCGAGGGUACCAUAUGUACUGUCUAAGCCCACCUAUGGCAGAACCUCCAGAAGGGAGCUGGAGUUGUCACCUUUGUCUGCGGCAGCUGAAGGAGAAAGCGUCUGCCUAUAUCACGCUAACUUAAUCUCUAUGCCCUCUCCUGUUACACCCACCCAGCCUCUGCCUCCAUGAGCCCACCAACACUAACAUGGCAGAUCCAAAGAAACCCCCUCACCCAACCCCAACUCAACUCAGACACAUUAACACGCAUACAAUUCCACCUUGCAACCGAACAGUUCACGUUGAGAACAGGCUGCCCCUCAUCUUGCACGUCUACCCAGUGACUCUGAAGCAUGGUAGACUCUUAUCCCUGUACUGGCCCACCUCUGUCGUUUUCAUGGUCAGGUAGGUCUGCAGGCCUUGAAUGGAUUUUUCCACAUCUCCUCAAUCUCCAGCCUCUCCAGAGAUCUUAUGGACUAGGGAGCAUCUUCAUUUGAUGUGUUAGUUUAUCGAGCAGCUCUCACCCAAGCUGUGGCGAAUGACUCGCCACUGAAGAGGCAGUUAAUGUUUGGUUCGUGAGGGCACUUGAAUGGGAAGAGACUCUGAGUGUCCCAUUGGAAGAUGCGUCGCCUGCUGAUGAGGAAAACACCAUAAGAUCUUUCGGUUCCCAUAGCAUCUCGCGGUCGCCAACGAGAUUUUUUCAGCUGUCACGCCACCCACUCUCUGCAGCUCACUGUGAGGAGCGAGGCACCAGCAAGUGACUUGACCAUAUUUAGCCACCAGAACUGGUCUUAUUCUGACUAUAAUUAGAGGAGAGCUCAUUAAAGCUCUGAGAGAUAAAUGAGUCCAUCUAUAAUUCAGUUCCUUUUUAAGGUACAACGUUGUGCUGCAGAGUUCGAAGAACAGAAGUUUGAUUACAGCAAAAUUCAUGACUUCAGCCCUAAGAGACCCUCCAGUGCUAAUCGGGAUUGCUUUGCUGGGAACUACGACUCCAUUAUUACGAUUCUAACUUCUCUUUAACAUAGAAGCCUUGUUGCCACAAGGCGUAUCUAUGGACGGAUACCCCUUUAAGCUGAGGUCUGAGGUGCAUGCCGUUCAAGCUUGGGUGGUACUUUCUCUGCAUCGAAAAAAAAGAAAGGAAAAACUUUCUACCAACCUCCCUCUGUACAUUCUAACCCUCGUCCCCAAUUUUCUUCUUAAAAAGCCAACAUAAGAUUCUCUGUCCAGGUGUUUGCCAGGGUGUACAUAAAUUAAUAAUGUCUGGCCUUGUUUUAAAAACAGGGCCAUCAUGUUUGAUUGUUUCUUUUUUAUAUGAUUCCUUUGGAUGCAUGUUGUGAUAUUGUUUUAAAAUAAACCUUUUAAGAAUGAGAGAAAAAAAAGACAAAAAUUGACGAAAGCACACUUAAUUCGCAAUAAUGUGUUCGUGACCCUCUCGAGGGAAGUUGCGUCUGUCUGUGUACGUACGUGCGACACUUCCUGUGAACUGUAAAAACGUUGGGCAGCGAACUGAAAAGGGGGCAGGGCUUGGGUGAUUUGGCUUCAUCCUGAAUGCCACCAUGUCUUCUUUUCCCACCUCUUUCCUUUUUUCCCCUUUUUCUCAUCAAAGACUGAAAGCCAGUUCCAGGAUGUCAUUUGUGAUGAGACGAAGUAGCGCGCUGCUUCUUUUGUAGAACAAGCUCUUUCCUAUCUGCAAGACUGCUUUGUGUUAUGGGACUUUGUAAUUUGCAGUGUGCUUCAAACAAAAAAAGAAAAAAGACCAGAAGAGUAUUCCUGUGGUGCCAGCAUGCAUAUAUGACCUUGUGCUGAGGCGACUAUUUUGAACCCAAAGUCCGUCUGUGGCCUACCUGAAAGGACUGUCCCACUUUUUUUUUCUUUUUUCCAGCCCAUGAGCUUUAAGUUGGGAGACACUUGCUGUACAUAGAUUGUUGCUCUGUCAUUUCAGAAUGGAACACACAUGCCAUGUGACUCCUGGAAGGAGGUCUAAUGUCUUACACAUUAAAAUGUGAAAACCAAACCUGCAUAUGUUCCUGGAGUAUAAAGCUGUCCAGUCAUUUCUAUUUUUGUAUAAUCUCCAAAACUGUGGAUUUAACUUGUUAAUGCCACAUAAAACAUGUGACUGUAUAGGAACAUCAUAAUUAGCAGAAAUAGGCUUCAAUAGGCUUUCACAUUUUCAUUCGCUCUUUCUCCUUCAGUAAAUGUAUUACUUUUACAAUCCCAUUUUUAGUACUUUUACAAUCUUUUUAGUACUUUUGUGACUAUUUUGCACAGUCUUGAGUGUGAUUAUGGGAAUGAAGGCACUACGAGAACAAUUUUCUAUAACAGAAGCAAUGAAAAUACAGCCAAAAUUUUUGCAUGGUGUGAAUUCUCAGGCUACAGUUGCAAACAAAAUGUAGUGAUUCCUUCUUACUAAAAUCACAUUUAAGUGGUCAGUAAGUGGGGAGCAAAAAAAGGACCUGAAUGAUGUUCUCAUACAAGUUUAGGGAUGUCCCAGUCAGAUUUGAAGAAUCAAUAUUGGGGCUGGUCCAUGCCUAUUUUCCUGGACAAUGCAUUGGUUAUGUUAAGCCUGGUCUAAUUCAGCUUCAUGGUCAUUGUAGAGGUGCCAAAAACAGCCAUUAUAAACUUUUGACAGUAAGGUGUGUUUUCAGGAAUGGUUUGAGUGACUGCAGUUAAGCUAGCAGCAUUUUGUUAACUCUUUUAGAACCCCCCAGGGACACUGGUGACCCGCUAAGCAUGUUUUAUUGAAAUGAUUGCCAAAAGUCAAUCAUCUAGGACUUCAGGCUUAGAUUCUUGAGAUUUCUGUGGAAAAGACGAGCGCUGAAUAAUUUCUCUGUAACUCGUGGAUAAACUAAUGGUCUAAGCCAGGGAUUGGCAUCAUGUGGCUCCCAUUGCGGCUCCACAGCAGAAUAAAAUGUUUAACUAAAAAUAAAAUAAUCCUCUUUUGCAGUAAAAUAAAUAUCUGAUGUGUUCUAAAACAAAUUUUAAAAGUAAAUGGUCUGGAGUUAAUGUGGAACAGCUAAUUCACCAACUUUUAACCCUGAAGAUUGGCGCACAGACUGCUGGUCACCAUAGCAACACAGACAAGAAUCUAGCCUAGCUAGUAGCCAAAAAAAGAGGGCAGGGAAUGACAGACGAACAUUGAUACUUUGGUGACAAAUGGGCUUAUUUGCAUUUAAGAUGGUUUUCUGAUACGUUUAAUCUGCGGCGAGAAACUGUCAAAAGCUAAAAGGUUGCGAAGCUAAAAUCAGCCUUCACCAGCCUCUUGUUCAACUUUUCUCAUUCCACUUUAAAUGGUGCAGCAUUAUGGCACCUCAUUUGCAUUCUGGCUCCUCAGGCACAAUUUAAGGUGGAAUGGGAAAAAUGGAACUAGAUGCUGGUGAUUGAGAAGCUGACUUCAGCCUAAAAAAUCCUAAAGUUGAGACAUUUUACAAAAAACUAUUGUACUUUUUCAGAAAAGCUUCCUGUUCGAGAUGUGAGAAAAUAGCUAUUGCUGAGCUUAAAGCAGAGCAAACAAAGUCUGCGUUUUCAUUUAUGUUCUAGCACAUAUUAAGAUAUAUUUUCAGUCAAGAUGGUAAAAUGUUUCUUCAACAAAAUCAACAUAAAAUGUUGUGACUCCCUGUCAUGGUUUGAUUUUUGUUGAAAGGACAAAACGGCUCUUAACAUUUUAAUUGCCGACCCCUGGUCUGAGCAAAACUAGGCUAGUUAGGCUCAUGAAAAUGAUAUGUUUUCAGUCUUUUUCAGUUUAUUACACUACAUAUUUACACUAAGCUAAUGAAAUCUUGUUUUCAGUUCAUUUGUGUCAAUGUUUUGGUUCCAGUAGCCAACGGGAGUGACAAAGCAGUACAUCGUCAUUGACUCAAGAAGGAAGAACAAAGCCACUGGUGCCACCUAUAAAAAGAGAUGAAGCAUUCAAUGCCACAGCCAUGAGCGAGCAUCUGUUAGUUAACAGAACAGGGAGUUAGUAUUCUCCUCCAAGCACAUUGAGCUGUUUGUUAGCAGCUUCUGGGAACCUGCUAACCUUUACCCUCCCAGCUUGGUAGCAUCAUGUUACAGAAAGAGACAUAGCUUGCAGUUGAAAUCAGACAUGAUUAAAUUGGGAACAUAUAUUUAAUUAAAUGUUAAUAUAUAUUUCCAAUCUAUUUUUAAUGCUUGCCAAAGGCAGUGUUAGGAGUAAGGACCUGUUAAAAACAAGCAAACAAGCAUUUAAAAAGGCAACAAAAGCCUCAAAACCCCAAAAUCAACCGAUUGUCACACUAUGCACAUGCUUAAAAUUCAUUAAUUUUAUUGUAGCAUGAAGUAAUUGGCAUUUUAGAAUGUCUUACCUAAAAUUACCAUAUUUCUUACUAGCUUUACAGUGUUUAAGCGUGCAGUGGGCAGCUGCAUUAUCUACAAACAUAUGACUGUUGGAUCAGACUCAAUGGCCUGUACUCAAUAUUAAAGGACUCUGAACUGAAGGCAAGAAAUCUGGAGCGGGACAUCCCUAAAAGUAUUACAGAAAAAGGGAAGACUUCUUCUUAAUUGCCUAUGUUGGUGAAAUUACUGUCAAGCCACUGUUGCUGUAUGGCUGAUGCCUUCCCCAGAGGGGAUUCUGUGCAUAGUGUGAAUGGCAUUUGUUAGUUCGGUGGCCUUUAUUGCGGGGGGUUGAGUAUGUGAUAUGAUUGUAUUCUUAUCUCGAACGAUGUUACGUGUGUUUACGGGGUGAGUAAGUGUACAGUAGAAGUGUGUACAUUGGCUGUAACUUGCCCUUUGACCUGGUUGUGUCCAAAGAGACGAAUUUGAGAUGUUUCAGAUGAACAAAUAGAAACACUCCAAAGUGUCAGACGUGUCAUGGGCUAGAACAUGAUUUUAUCCUCUUUUCUUUUUUUUCCCGCAUAAAAAGAAGCAAAAAAUUUAUUUUUUAAUAGUGAACUGCAGUAUUUCCAUUAAAAGAAGCUUGUUCAAGAGAGUUUUUACAGCCUCCCUAGCAUACUCUCUCUCUCUCUCUCUCUCUCUCUCUCUCUCUCUCUCUCUCUCUCUCUCUCUCUCUCUCUCUCUCUCUCUGUUCAUUCUAUGGGUGUAGAGACCAGGUGUGGUCAGUCAAAGCCAGAGACAGGCUCUGUUCUUCCUGUUCAUUGUUGUGCUGUGAUCUUUGCUCGCAUCUCUCCCCCCCACUUUCUUUUCUUUUGCCACGCGGAGAUGUUCCCGCGCCGGAGAGUGUGAGCGGAUUCCUUUCAUGUAAAUGUCCAUUAACAAAAAAAAUAAAUAAAUAAAAACAAAGCUAUGGAGAAAAGGAAUGUGCCCAA